AUGCUUUACUGCCCAAGCCUGCCGCCCGCAGAUGGCAGCGGGCGUGCUGCUGGAAAACGCCAAGGUCGCGGCGGCAUGUGCUUUGCUCUCUGUGUCUACAGCGAAUGUGAGGAGGAUGAGGAGGAGGAGGAGGAAGGGGUUGCAGAUUCCUUGAACGAGCCAACCAUCGACUACGGCUUCCAGAGGUUACAGAAGGUCAUCCCUCGUCACCCCGGCGACCCCGAGAGGUUACCUAAGGAGGUGCUGUUGAAGCGAGCAGCCGACCUGGUGGAGGCUUUGUAUGGGAUGCCGCACAACAACCAGGAGAUCAUCCUGAAGCGAGCAGCAGACCUGACUGAAGCUCUGUACAGCGUUCCUCGUAGUCACAACCAGCUGCCGUCUCUGACCGGCUCCGCUGCUCACUCGGGGAUGAUGGGAGUCAAUUCCUUCAGCAGCCAGCUCGCCGUCAACAUCUCCGAGGCCUCGCAGGCCGACCAGGGUUACUCCCGUAACUCGAACAGCGUGUCUCCCCGCGGCUACGUGCCGAGCUCCACGCCUCAGCAGUCCAACUACAACACCAUCACGUCCACCAUGAACGGAUACGGAGCCGGGAUGACCAACCUCGGCGUUCCCGGGUCUCCCAGCUUCCUCAACGGCUCCACCGCCAACUCUGCUUACGCAAGUGUCCCCCCACCCCCCCUCCUUUCUCCUACUUCUCGUCUUCCUCACCUCCUCCUCUCUUCUUCCUCUGCUCCCAUAGGCCCUUAUUCAUUCUCUCCUGUCCAUAUGGUUUCUGCAGUCAAACAGAAGAGCGCCUUCGCCCCUGUCGUGCGGCCACAGACCUCCCCGCCCCCCACCUGCACCACCACCAAUGGCAGCAACCUCCAGGCCAUGGCAGGUCUCAUCGUCCCGCCCAUGUGA